AUGGAUUUUCUAUACGAUUACCUAAAACGCAAACAUCAAACCCGUGUUCACAAUCGGAAGCCUCCGGUCCAUAAAAAAUACGAAUACGUGUGCGAUUGGCCGGGAUGUGAGUGGACGGGCGGCCAACUGAACCGACACAAGCGCUUGCAUACGGGCGAUAAGCCGUACCAAUGUUUAUGGCCAGAGUGUGGCAAACGGUUCCGAAUGAAUAUGCCGUUCAAAGAACACAUGAAUAGACAUAACAACUUUAAGCCGUAUGCCUGUCAUUGGCCCGGAUGUCAGUAUAUGUCCGCCAGUAAUAGUAAUCGUAACCGACACGUGAGAAAUAUCCACAAAAUGUGA